AUGGAUCUUACUGUUGUGUUUCUGUUUCUGUCCUUGUUUGUGUCCUCAUCACCUUUGGGGAUUAUCAAACUCAGUUCAUGCAAUGAAGCUCAGAGUCAAACUAAUAAUGUGAAAUGCAUCCACACUGAAAGAGAAGCACUUCUCAGCUUCAAGAAAGGCCUCACUGAUCCUUCGGGAAGGCUUUCGUGUUGGGUUGGUGAAGAUUGUUGCCAAUGGAGAGGCAUAGAGUGCAACAACCAAUCAGGUCAUGUUACCAAACUCGAUCUUCGGUGUCCAUUUGAAUUAGAGUCAUUGACGCCAUAUACGAAUCCAUACCUGAGUGGUAAGAUAAGCUCUUCAUUGAUUCACUUGAAAUAUUUAAAUUACUUGGACCUAAGUUUGAAUGAUUUUGAAGACAUUCAGAUCCCCCAAUUUUUUGGUAUGCUAGAGAACCUGGUGUAUCUCAAUCUCUCUUAUUCAUACUUUUAUGGGGAGAUUCCUCCUCACCUUGGCAAUUUGUCAAGCUUGAUGCAUCUUGACCUUCAUGGAAACUAUGGCGUGUAUGCCGAAAAUUUGGAUUGGCUGUCAAAUCUCUCUUCUUUGAAGUACCUGGAUUUGGGGGAACUGGGUCUCAAAGAUGUUGGAGCAGAUUGGCUACAAGCUAUUAAUAUGCUUCCUUCCCUUCUAGAGUUACGUUUAUCUUAUUGUGACCUUGAAAGCCUUCCACCUUCCCUUCCAUUCGUCAAUUUCACAUCUCUUUUAGUCCUUGAUUUAUCAGAGAACCAAUUUCACUCUUCCAUACCUCAGUGGCUGUUUAAUCUUGAGAACCUCACCACACUUGAUCUCAGCGGUAAUUUUUUUUUACAAGGUCAAUUCCCAAGCUUUUUUCAAAAUCGUUGUAAACUGAAGACCUUAGAUCUUUCAUGGAACAAUUUUGAUGGCAAUAUUGAUGGAUUUUUAGAUGAUUUAUCAGCUUCCUUGAACAAUUGCCUGGAGUCCCUAGAUUUGAGUUAUAACCAACUGGUAGGAAAAAUUCCUGAUUCAUUGGGGAAACUUGGAAGCCUAAGAUACCUCAAUCUCGAAAACAACUCUUUUUGGGGUUCAAUUCCAUUUUCUAUUGGGAACCUGUCAUCCUUGGAAGAGUUGAACCUCUGUGGUAAUGAGAUGAAUGGAACAAUUCCUGAAAGUCUUGGACAACUCUCAGAGCUAGUCCAUUUGUACCUGCUUGAUAAUUCCUGGGUAGGCUUCAUCACAGAAGCUCAAUUGAUGAAUCUCACAAGACUAGAAGAGUUUGUACUAACAACUGAUAAAAAUCAGUCCCUAGUUUUCAAAGUGACAUACGAUUGGGUUCCUCCGUUUAGGCUUCAAGGUCUUGAUCUAGAAAAUUGUCUCAUUGGCCCCAAAUUUCCCGCAUGGCUUCAAGUUCAAAAUAAGCUUACCGAUGUCACCCUUAAAAACAUUGGAAUCUCAGACACCAUACCUGAAGAAUGGUUCUCUAAGAUAUCUUCUCAACUCACUUACUUGGAUCUAUCCAAUAAUCAGAUCACGGGGAAUUUGCCUCACCAAUUAGUAUUUCCCAAUGUAGAUUUUAUUGAUCUAAGUUAUAAUCUCUUCAAGGGUCCUAUCCCACUUUGGUUUACUACUGCGAGGCAGAUAUAUCUGAGAAGAAAUUUAUUUUCAGGCCAUAUCCCGUCAAAUAUUGGUGAUCUAAUGCCAAAAUUGGAAACUUUAGAUCUCUCGGAGAACUACCUCGAUGGUAAAAUUCCCUUUUCUAUACAAAAGAUGAAAGAUCUUUAUGUACUUAACCUUGGGAGAAAUCAGCUUUCAGGGGAGCUCUCUUAUAAUUGGAAUGAGUCAAAAGAAUUGGUUGUUGUGGAUAUUGGACACAACAACCUAUCUGGAAAAAUUCCGAGCUCAAUGGGGUGCUUGAGUUACCUUUCUACAUUAGUGUUGAGCAACAACAAUCUUCAUGGAGAAAUUCCUUCUUCUUUGCAAAAUUGUUCUUUUGUGAGCAUUGAUUUGGGUGGGAAUAAUCUCUCAGGAAACCUUCCGUUAUGGAUAGGACCAAGUGUCCUUAUCCUAAUCAUGCAGUCAAAUAUGUUUAGUGGAAUCAUUCCUUGA